AUGAAAACUCCUCAAGAACUGAUGCGACAACAUCAACGAUCUUUACAAAAGGCUCAACGUGAAUUAGAUCGUGAACGUGGUAAACUUGAAAUAUCCGAAAAAAAAUUAAUAGCAGAUAUCAAAAAAGCUGCCAAAGCAAAUCAAAUGAAAUUUCAAGCAAUGAAGACUCAACUUCAAGCUGUUAAUUUGAAAAUUCAGGCUAUGAAAUCCAUGAAUAGAACAAUGAAUUUACCAGCCAUGGAAAAAAUUAUGAUGGAAUUUGAAAAAGAAACCGAAAUUAUGGAUAUGAAAGAAGAAAUGAUGGAAGAUGCCAUUGAUGAUGUUAUGGACGAAGAGGAAGAUGAUGAAGAAAGUGAACUUAUUGUGAAUCAAGUAUUAGAUGAAAUUGGUAUUACAUUAGAUCAAUCGUUGGCUGAUACACCAAGUUCGAUUGAAAGAACAUCUGUAAAAGAAAAGACUCCACUGGCUGAAACGGAGUCAAACCAUGAUGCAGCUUUGCAAGCAAGACUUGAUAAUUUACGAAGGGAAUAA